UGCAGUUUACAAACGAAAGCGUUUACACGUUGCACAACUUGGAAAAGAAGAUUCAAGCUUCCAUACAACACAGUUAGCCGCCAUAACCAGUUUCUUUCAACUUCUCCGUCAAAAUAUUUCCAUCACUUUCCCGAGAAAAUAAAAAACGAUGGCCUUCCGGUUCUCUUUAAACCGCCUCCGAUCCCACCUCCUCCGCACCACAACCGCCACCACAACAACCACCACCAGACUCUUCCACUCUAAAAACCCCUUAAUUUUCUCUCCCCUCUCAGAUCUCAAACAACUCCCCUCUCUCUCCACCAUCCGCUUCCUCUCCACGGCCCGCCGCACUCCAACCCGAUCCAAACCCAUAGAUAUCGGAGCUAAAGCCCGCCAGCUCCAAACCCGCCGACUCUGGACCUACGCAUUAACAUUCAGCUGCGUAGCGGGCUUCAUAGUAAUAGUACUAAACAAUUUCCAAGACCAAUUAGUAUUCUACAUAACCCCAACCGACGCAAUGCAAAAAUACCAAGAAAACCCUCAAAAAAACAAGUUCAGAUUAGGCGGUUUAGUUCUCGAAGGCAGCGUAGCACACCCCGCCACCUCCCAAGAAAUGGAGUUCGUCAUCACUGACUUAAUCACAGACAUCUUAGUACGGUAUGAAGGGUCCGUGCCGGACUUGUUCAGAGAGGGCCAUUCUGUUGUGGCUGAAGGGUUUGUGAAGCCGUUGCCGGAGAGUAUUAAGAAGGAAGGGAAGGAGAAUAGUGUUUCGGAGAAGGCGCGGGGCGGGGAGUGUUAUUUUAAGGCGACGGAGGUUUUGGCUAAGCAUGAUGAGAAGUAUAUGCCGGCUGAAGUUGCUGAGGCUAUUGAGAAGAAUAAGAAGUUGAUCGCGGCGGAGGCGGCUGCGGAAGAAGGGGGGAAGGAAGUGGAGGAAGUGAGGAAGUGAAGUGUUGGCUUGAAAUGGUAUGAUUCUAAUUUUUGAUGUUAUGGUAUGCAUUAUGAUAGUGGGGAAGUUUUGAUUUUUUAUAGGGUGGGGGUGUAGUGUAGUGAUAUUUGAUAUUUGUUAUACAUUGAUUUCAAGUGAGGGAUUGUUCUCACUAUUGUUUAGAGAAUUGUUUAGCUCGGGAAAUACUAUUUUGAGAGAGGAGGAGAGGUGUAAUUGGAUCAUUUGGGGUUGUAACUGACUGUUAUUCGGAUUAAUUGAGUAGUCAAUAAUGCCUCCGAGGAAUAUAAUUAUACGUUUAAACUC